GGGAACUUCCGCCCCAUAGACGGAGCAUGUUCCAUUGUAGGAGCUCUUCUGAAAGAGUGCCGUGAUCGUUAGAGGUGCACGUCGUUAUAUGUGUAAUUUAGUCAAAGUUGGUUAGAAAGCUGUAGCCGCCAGUGUUUUUAUAGCUCAGAGUUGCAGAUAGGUUGUUGUCGUACGCGCAGAAGUGACGGCUGGUUACAGGGACGAACUGCGGCGGUCUCACCGAAGGAAUUCCUGCAUCAGCGGCAGCUCAUCCACCUUGCUGCACCGCUAGCACAGGAGCUAGCCAGCGUAAGCGGUGACUGACGGCGCCAGUGUGCCGGAGAUAUAUAUGAAUAUGUCUUCAACCCAUGGGAGCGAUCGUGUUUUUAAAUAACUUACAAGUCAGCAUCAAAACGUCAGGGGCUGUUAGCUUUACGCUGUAGCCAUUUAGCCAAGGUAGCUCGCUAGCUAACGUUGCCAGAAUUGUCUUUCAAAAAAGGGCAACGGGUGAACAGGAGACUAAGUGUCCCACCUGACGCUGUUUGUGUUUUUUGUUGGCGCUCCUUUUUUAAUCGUUGAGGUUAAAGCAGGCACAUUGCCACAAGUCGUACAGAAUGAAUGGGUUCAGCACAGAGGAAGAUAGCCACGACGGACCGCCUGCUCCGCCGUUUUACGGCCAGAGCUGCUGCCUGAUUGAGGACGGAGAACGCUGCGGCCGGUCUGCUGGAAACGCCUCCUUCAGCAAGAGAAUCCAGAAGAGCAUAUCACAGAAGAAGCUCAAACUGGACAUCGACAAGAGUGUUCGACAUCUCUACAUCUGUGACUUUCACAAGAAUUUCAUUCAGAGUGUUCGCAACAAGAGGAAGAGGAAGACCAGCGAUGAUGGAGGGGAGUCCCCAGAUCAUGAUGUUGAGGUGCCCGAGGUGGACCUUUUCCAGCUGCAAGUGAACACGUUGAGACGCUACAAGCGACACUACAAGCUGCAGACCAGGCCCGGCCUCAAUAAGGCCCAGCUGGCAGAGACGGUGAGCCGUCACUUCCGGAAUAUUCCGGUGAAUGAGAAGGAGACGCUGACCUACUUUAUUUACAUGGUGAAGAGCAGCAAGAGCCGCUUGGACCAGAAAGGGGACGGUGGCAAACCGCUGGACUAAACUUCCCCCACAACCAUCACAGCGGCAGCUACAACCACCACAACAACAACUGUAGCUACAGACAAAACCUGGACUUCAGUAACAGCUCCUCUGCACCCUCCUCCUCCUCUCCUCUGAGAGCAGAACAUGAACUGCUGUUGUCCUUAAAGGACUCAAAACCGAAAUCCAGGGUGAGAUGAGUUCAUUUUGGCUUUUUGGCCCUCUUCACAGAAAUGCAGUCUCUCCCUUCUGACUUGGCCCUCUUCAAGGUAUUCCCUGAUUUACGAAAGCCAGGACCAUAAAGACUGCUGAUUACCAGGACUCACUCUGCAGAGUUUUGUCGUCAUACUGACACAUACAUACAACUGUGUCUAUAUGUAGAAAAGAACAGCGUCCGACUCAAGCGACUUAGCUGAAUGCAGUAUCCUGCCUUAAGAGUCAAAAAGAUAACAAAACAACUUUUGGUAAUUUUGGUUUUCUUUGCCAAGUUGACUGUUAAACACGCUCACAGUGAGGAAUGCUUGUGCCAAACGGGACUGCGAGAUGGAGCUGAAUGAUGCGAUGAUAAGUGGGAUUUUAAUUUUUGUUUUCCUUCUUUCUUCAUACGUGACUGUUGGAAAAGAAAUGCUACCCUGGUCUGAAGUCACAUCCAGAACAUCAAGGCUCAGGUUCACUCUUUAAAAGCUGCAAAGGGUGAAGAUGAUGAUUAUAAAUGAUGUGUAAAACAUUAAAAGAAGAAGAAGAACUGAGUAAGGAUGUGAUACAUUGUGACUCGGUCUUCUAUUUGUUAGUGGUUUCUUUUUUUUCUUUUUCUUUUGUACCUGUGAACAUACACCUGCUAAUUUCUUUAUUUCUGUAACCCAGUUUAAGUUUAAGUAAGCUUUAGCUCAGCCUUAAUUCCACAAGUUGUUCAAAGGUUGUGUCUGGUUGCAUAUAUCAUUUCUAUUUUCUUUUUCUUUUUUUUCAUUCCACAUUAAGUGAAAGCUGUGCCUGCAUGAAUGGUUUGGGCUGUAUUGUGCUGCCAUCGGACGGUGUUUACAGCGGAUAAUUUCAUUCCUCCAAACUGGGCUAACAGGUUAGCCUGGUGAAAGUGGGAGAAAAAAAAGUUAAUGCUCUUCUUUUAUUCCCAAUUUUGAAUAUGUAUUACAUGUGGAUGCCCUUCUUCCGUAUUGGCGGGUGAGAUUUAAAAUUUUUAAAACUUUAAAAAAACCUUUUCAUAGUGGUAAACCUGCUGCUGCUUCAGUCCAGCACGAUUCAUUUGGCAGUAAAACAGCAUCAAACAGCAACACGUUUUUUCUCUGUAUAGUACCAGUUAUUUACAUUUAAAGCAAAAGAAAUAAUAUGUUUGGUUUUUUGUUUAUUUUUUUAACUUUUGUUCAGUUUCUUUUUUUCCCCUUCUGUUUUUUUUUUUUUUUUUUUUUUUUUUUUAAGUUGCCUGAAGUGAUGGGAAAUGAGUGGGAGCUGUUGGGUUGCUAGCCACCGUUAACCACCUGUUGAUGUGUUUAAAAACACUUAAUGUGAUAAAUCAAACGCGCUGCUGACAACCUAUAAGUUUAUUUAAAAAUUUUUAAAGCACUGCUGCAACCUCCAGGUGACGGACAUCUUUGCUAUUUUACAGACACAUCCUCUUUCUCUUUUAUGGUGGCGGAGGCACGGAUCGUACGUGCACUUUGGAUAAUUGUGCGCACGAUUUGUGUCAGGUUUGUCCUUUUCACUCUCUUUUUUUUUUAAGUGUCACAUUUUAAAUUUUGCUUGUAGGUUUGUUAGUGUCAUGUAGGUAACAUCCAUCUUUAUUAAUGUGUAGGUCAUGCCACGUUAACCUAAUUGUUGUAUUAGGAAAAAGAAACAUAUUUAAGUAUGACUGCUUGUUGCUCCUAUUAAUAUAAAUAAAUGUAUUGUACAGGAAGAAGAAAAAGCCUCAUCUCUGCUCUUUUAACAUGUUGUGACCAGAGGUUAAUAACACCAGACUAAUUGUACAAUAGAACCAGCAGUGUAACGUGAUGUGCUUUAAGUUUUUUCUCUGUAAAUAAUAUACUUUGUACUUCUUAAAAUAAGUGGCAUGGAGUACAAUCUACAAAUACCUUAUGCUCUAUCACUAUAGAUGAAGCAGAACGUGUAAGUAAUGCAUCGCUGGACAGCUGGAGAUAUUUUUAAAUAAAGUUAUAUACACAUUAUGCUUCAAUGGUUUAAUGUAUUAUCCUUUAUAGUACUUUAGCAUCAAAUUAUUUUCAGUUUAUUAGGAUUAUGAUGUUUAAACUGGAGCUCUUCAUUUAAUGCUUUCUGCAUGAGAGCCUGAAAAUGAACUCAAUUUCUAUUACAGAUAUUGGCACUGUAUUUUUAUUUUUUGAAACGAAAUACACUGGCGAUUCA